AUUUAGCGCGGAUCGAACCAAUUUCAGACCGGCUACGUCGUUGCCAUCACUAGUCAUCAAGCUCUUACGCUGGAUGAUCCAAAUGCCUGUCGGCAUGGAUCAAGGUAGAAUUGAUGCUGGAUGUUUAACACCACACACGUACGCGAUAUAAUGUGAUGAAGUUCUUCCUGCUCUGCACGCAACCAUCGAUGAAAUGUGUACAGAUGGGGGCAAACGGCAAAUGUUUCAUGCUGGCGCUGUGAGGAACUUUGGUGCGCCUCUAGUUUUGAGAACGAAGCCUCUAGAUGCUAUUCAUCUCCGGCGAGGUCUCGAACUUGUUCGAACUGUUUCUCCACUCGUUUACGAGCAGCAUCGCAGUCUCUCAGCUCAUCUUGAGCCUUCGCCAGAGCUCUGUCUCUCUCGUUCAAAACUUGUACCAGUUCUUGAAGUUUGUCCAAGGCAUUAUCUCUCUGUUGAGUUCUGUGCGUCAGCUCCAGGCGGAUGUUCUCCUCAGACCAUAACAAAGCUGCAUAGAUGUAAUCGAAGUCACAAAUUACUUCCCGGGCCUUUCGACAGCCAAGACAAGAAUCGUUCUGCGAGCGACCUUCAUCUUUCCUCGACAACUUUGUCGGGCGGGAACCCUCGACCUUGGAAUGGACACUCUCAUCGUCAGGGUCACAAUCGUCACCUUCGCCCGGUACGGCUGUGGUCGACGAAGGCGCUGUGCUUGCACGCUUUCUGAGGUAGCCAGAACGAGAGGGCCCGCGAGGCAAUGAUAGAAGUAAACUCCAUUCCUGUUGAGAAGAUGCCGUCUGGUCGAUCUUCUGAUGCGUUUCAAUGUUGUCCAUUCUUUGUGCUGAAUUGCUCACUUGAAGAAUCUCGUCCUUGCCAGUGUCAUCGAAAAGUUCUUCUUUUUCUGAAAUCUGAGAAUCGAGCAUCCGC